UGACCUUUUUCUAACCCACCUCACACCACCUUCCAGGCCCCCUCAAAAGGGCCAGUCCUGCCCAGAACCUUGCCUCCUUUGUACCAUUCCCACUUCCAUGGGCUUGUACUGAUGAAAUCCAGUCUGGCGCGCCCUGGGUUGAUGAUGGAAAUUUCAGUGGUUUGUUUAUAAUCCGGUCCAGUCCUUUCUCAACCACCACCUACCACCCUCACCACUACGACAGACAACGGGCUCUGUCCACCUUGGCAGCACUGAGAGACAGUAGAGCUAGGACAUCGACCUCUCGGUUCUAGACAAGGUCCAGCUCAUACGUAUUUUUCUUCAGGAAGUGGCCUAUUCUGACAGCAAAGCUUCUUUGUCUCUCUCUUUCCUCCUUCCCAGCCGCCGGUCUUUUGGCAUCAACGAGGACAAUCAGAAAACUAUAUUGAGCGACGUAUUUGCUCCCUCAGGGGGCUCCUCAGUACUCUCGCUUGAUCGACCAUGACAAAAUCCUAUCCACGCCGCCAGACUCUUCCUUUCCUUCAUCGGAAUUGGAUAAGUUCCGUCAAUUUCCACGACGGUCAUGCCAAACUCACCAACGGCGACGAUGAACACUACCUGCGCCCAGCAAAGCGGCGUAGAUUCAUGGAGAGCUCCCCUGAUUCCGGCAUCGUGCCGGAUAUAGACGGCUUGGUGCUUCACGAUGGCCCUGUCAAUGUCCAGCCGGUCAUGGAGAUCAAUGUCCUCAAGAUCUCUCACAAGGACUCGGCACGUGCCAAACCAAAUGGGCACGUCUCAUCAUCAACAGACAAGGACAUGAUGACGAGGGCUCGCUGCAAGAUCACCAUCACCACCCCCGCACGAACGACUGGCGACGCGCAGGUGCUCUACUGUGAUAGCCAGAUCUGCAGUAUCAGGACUUCACAAAAUCCCGCCGGCAUCACUCAGAUGGCCAGGGUGUACUUGGCGCACCCCUUCACCGUGCCCGAAGAGAAGAUCUACGUAGAGCGAGACGAGGAUACGGUCUUCGAUCUUGCAGACAGGUACGGGGUGAAGGUGGAGCUCCAGUCGGCUGGUGAUCAGAACUGGCCUCCGCUCGAUCUGCUCAAUUCGUCUCUGGGCGACGAUCUAUCAGUUCCACGCCACUGGAUCCUCGAGGCCGAGGUGUCCAAUUUUCUGGAUCGAGGGAGACGCUUGGGUGCCUUGAGAUUGCGCACAGGUCCUACAGUGUGCACCAAUAUCGACUUCCUUCUGGAUAUCGAUGUGAGGUGGACAAAUGCAUUACCAGACAAACACCACCUGACCAACGGCCAGGAUAGAAGUUAUUUGGCUCCGGUCGCGGGUUUCCAUCAAUCAGAAGAGCACAUGCCCCUCACCAAUGGCCAUGCUAAUGGUCAUUUUACGAACGGAUUUGCGCAUCCAAUGGAUGAUGACCUGGAGGAGGACGCAGAAGGCGAACUCACGCCGAGUCGCUCGUUGAGGGCCAGAGGGAGUAAAAACUAUAACCUCAAGGAUCUGAGCGCCAAGGCACAGGGAAGGCAGCCUCGAAAGCGCUCUAAAUAUGCAGACAAGAAAGACGACUCGGAACACGUCCUGUAUCGCCUCCCCAAAGAAGCCGUCCCAGUGAGGGAAUUGGUUGUGGACGGCUUUUCGUGUUGCGUCUGCCACGCAGCACACCAGUCCUUGGCCCAACUUCGAGCGCACCUUUUCAGCCACGCGCAGUACAACUUUGACGUCGUCAUCUCUAAUCCCGGAAAGCCUGGUAUUCAGCUCGACGUCUCAUGCGUCGCUGAGAACUCAGGCAUCUUGUUGCGCCCCAAGGUAUACCAGCUGGGCAGACCUGUAAAGCCAUUCGACCUGGAUAAGUACGUCGAAGGAGAUGACUCCUGGGCAACGUCUCGAUUGGGGCCCAACAACAACGAAAGCCCAGUCGCCGUAAAGCGAAAGACCUCUCAGCCCAGGCCUGUAGAGAAGGUCUUGGUUCCGCAGACGGUCCAGCCUCUGUUCGAUCCUCUGAGCAAGAUGAAAUUGGUUGCUGGCACGGAGGUUCGACCAACAGUGGCUGAUGACAGCUGGCUCAUUCAAAAACAUCGUGACAUUGUGCAGGAUUUCUGCGACGUUGAUGCGGCUGAAAAGGAGUACAUCAAGGAAUGGGAUGCAUUCAUUCAGAAGAAACGGAUCGUCUCGGAAGCUUUCAUCGGGCGAGCCGUGGUGGAAUUCGUUAAUGAGAAGGUUGCCUGGCUUUUGGAGUCGAGCUCUCGUACUCGAGAGUUUGGAAAACACCUAACUGUGCUCAUUGCACGAGGGCUCGAGGAGGACAGCAUCAAGCUGGUACAGGCACGCCUCCAGGAGGCUCGGAUUCAAAAGUCCUCAGCCGAGAAGCAACCAGCCCCGGAGCCGCCGAAGGAGGAGAAGCCGAGAAAGUCCAAGGGCUGUACGGUCUGUGGGAAGCCUGUCCGUGGACCGGGAAUGCUGAUUUGCGCGAACGAGCACUGCAAGGAACCCUUCUACCACGAUGACUGCAUACGAGAGGUAGCGCAGAUGGCAGUGGAGCAUCCGCAUUGGCGAUGCAACAACUGUAUGAAAUAGGGCGAUUCCUUGAGGGAUUGAGGAUCAGGCAUAGAAUUCUCGUCAGCCGACUGAUUUGUUAUUAUCAACUAAUUACUCGGAGCAUUCUUGCUCGGUGUCACUGGGGUUUACUUUGAUGUGAAAGGAGGCAACAAUGGCAAAUUUGACACAAACAUAUUCAGCAAAGAUGCUGUAGUGUCGACGGCAACAUUUAUCAAAUCUAAUAUGGUUGAGAUCUUC